CUUGACACACAGAAGCGCGUGCGAUCCCGCGUACGUUGCCGCCGCGGUCGCGUGUGACCCACGCGCCAGUUGUCGGACGAGUAUAGUGCCGCCGCCGUACACCGGUGUGACUUUUGAGACUCUUUGUCAGAGUGAACGCAAUUUUUUAAGAAAAACCCGUUUCCGGUGUUAUUGUUUCGCGCGACAUGCACCACGUGUCCGAGUCGAUGCGCAACCGCGACGGUUUCCUGAAAGCCGACGUGCUGGCCGAACGGACGCUGGACAGCCUGCUGGCCGAGCAUCCCGGCGAGCUGGUCCGGACCGGAUGUCCGCACGUGGUCUGCACAGUUCUGCCAACGCACUGGCGGUCCAACAAGACGUUACCGGUUGCCUUCAAGGUGGUGGCCCUGGGCGAGAUACCGGACGGCACGCCGGUGACCAUUAGGGCCGGAAACGACGAGAAUUUCUGUGCGGAACUCAGGAACUGCACGGCCUUGAUGAAGAACCAAGUGGCCAAGUUCAACGACUUGCGGUUCGUCGGCCGGAGCGGAAGAGGUAAAAGCUUCACGCUGACGAUAAUGUUGAACUCCUGUCCACCACAAGUUGCCACGUACUCUAAGGCAAUUAAAGUAACAGUCGACGGUCCCAGAGAGCCGAGGUCAAAAACCAGCCUAUUAUUCAAUUCGCUUGCAGGGAACCAAGGCUUUCACCCUUUCCACUUCGGGCCGAGACCGUUCCCGUUCGGCACGCCAUUGGAUCCCAACAGAAUAGCAGAAUUGCCUUUGAAACUUUCAGGACUCGCUCAUUCGUGGGGUACGUCCUUCUCCAGGGCUUUGCCGUCGACCGCAUACCCGCCUUAUGUGGCCAACAACUGCGGUCCGCCGGCGUUUCAACACUCGAACUUUGCCAACAUUUUCCCGUACAACGGAACCGCCAACACCGCCACAACCAACGCCGAAGGGAUUCCCCAGCAGCGGUCGAUUAACGGCGGAAACGCGGAACCAAACCGAGCCGAACCUUUGGGCCCGAUCAGCGUGAACGUAAGUGCGGAGAGCGGCACCAGAAGCCACAGGACAGGUCUCAGAGGUCACAGGGGACUUCUGACCACCGUGUCUGGACACAAACGACAUCCCAGGCGACACGCCAGCAGCAGGCCGGAUCCGUUACCGGCGGCCAAGAGCGGCGACGAGACAAUCACGGACAACGUCACGCCACCGCCGCCGCCGACGCCGCCAUCGCACGUCAACAAGAAACAAGAGGCCGUCGAGUCGGCGGACGCGACGCCUCCGGAACAGCGGCCACCACCACCACCACCGCCGCCGCCGCCGCCGUCGGCCGUCACGCAACCGGUGCCGCUGGCGCCGUCGCUGUUCAGCCUGUUCUUGAACGCGCCGCUGUUGCAGCCGCACACGCAGUGGCUGUACUCGCAGCUGUACCCCAACCCGUAUUUGAGCCAUUUGCGCAACACGAUGAUAUUUGACAACGAGUCGACGGCGGCCGCGGUGGCCGCGGCCGCCGCUGCCGCUCAACACAACAACAACAACAACAACAACGACGAAGACGAAACGUGUGCGGAGAAGAUGUCGCCGCAGAAGGCGUUGUCGCCUCGGGCCGACGACACACAGGCCGCGUCGCCCGUCACGGCCGCGGCCACCGACUCUGUUUCGCCGAAGACGACCGCAAAACAAGUGGACGUCUGGAGACCGUACUGACCUAUUUUUCGGUUAAAACCGACAUGUUGAGUCAGUUAUUAUUAUUAUUGUUAGGUACAAUUAUUAUUAUUGACUGGACUAAAUAUACAUGGAACGCGCAUUGUGCACGAUUAAAGUAUUUAGAAGUGUCUCUUUGUCAUCGGACGCUACCAUUUUGAGUCUGAUAACGUUAUACUGCUAUGAAUUUGCAUGGAAAAAUGUAUUUUUAUCACAAACCUUAGAGAUAACAAAUAUUUUAAUCACUAUCAAUCUUUUUAUUUGAUUUAUUUUAUUUUACAGUUUAAUUUUUUGAUUUUACCUAAUACCUGAUUAUUAUAGUUCUCUGUCAGUAAUGUGAUACGAAUUGUUUGUUUUAUGGGCAACAUACUCAAUACGGCUGCAUCAUAGGGUAGGACAAGUUUCAGGUGUAAUGCGCGUUCCAUGUAUUCGGUUCAGUGUUAUUAUAUUGUUAGCUCAUUUGUGAUAUUUUACCGAUAAUACAAUAUACGACUACUAAAUUAUACAGUCGUUGCCAGAUAACUUGGCACGGCAGCGGCAGAGUAACGCUUAGUACUAGUGUAAGUGGGUUCUUGGAUUUACCAAAUUGAUCAACAAACCAACAAUAUUGUUAGGAAACAUUUAAAUGCUAAUAUUCUACAUUAUUUUAUUGAACAGAUUUCAUUAGUUUAAAAAAAUGAUUAAAAACUAGUUUGGGAUACUAUUACUGAUAAACGCCGCCGGUACCAAGUUAUCUGGCAACGAUUGUAACAUUAUAUUGUGUCUACAAAAGUCUCGGUCAAGUCAUAAUAUAAUAUUAUAUCCAUAACACCGAACUUGUGUGUGAUGAUUAUAAUAAACUAUGUAUUUAUUAUUUGUCCAUACUCUAUAUUAUGAUUAUUAUAUUUAUUAUUGAAUACCUAUUUGAUUUUUAUUUCGUGUACAUUAUUAUAUUGUAUUAUUGUAUAUUAU